CUCAGACUUGGCCUGAUGCAGUUCGCUCUGUUUUCUAGGACCUUUAACUUGAAGGAAGCCCUGAAUUCUAUUGGUGUUCAGACUUGUGCUGAAGUUAAUAAGGCCCUGAAAGAGAGAGGCUCACCCACUUUAAAUGCUGAGGCUCAAGCUAAUCUCAUCGGUCAGUUUUCAAGUCUCGGAGAGAAGGACAAUCCUGUCUGUACCUUGAUGGAUAAACGGAUCCGGUUGUACAUGAAAAGCCUACUCUGUCUUCCAAGCACUCAGAAAAGCAUGCCUCCCAUGCCAGGGGGCCUUGGUGUCAUUCAUCAGGAGCUGGAAGUGCUUGGCUGUCAAUAUGCAAAUAUUGUGAAUCUCAACAAACAGGUGUAUGGACCAUUUUAUGCAAAUAUAUUCCGAAAGCUGCUCUUCCAAGAUGAAGCUGUGGGGAAGACAGAUGCUUCACUUCCAACUAACUAAAGAGAUGGAGAUUGGCACUUGGUACACUGCCCGUUUCUACCAAUGGCAUUUUAGAUGGCGCACAUUCUUGGUGCUGUCCAUAGAGCAGUGUUAGACUGAAUCUGUGUAAUCUGGUAAUGUUAGCAUCACAGAGGGGCCACAUAUCCCACAGACUCUUGUGUGUCAUUUCCAAGGUCAAGUCAGACAUUUUAAUGAAGAAAAGUAAUUUGUAAUGAAUUAUAUCACCAGAAUUAUAUAUAACACUGAUGUUUUCCUAAAUAUUUUUAUUGAGUAUUUCUAUGUGGCUUGUUCAUUUGGCCUGAAAGGAGUUGUUUUUGUUUAUAUACUUGAUUAUACUGCACUUGCUGGCAGGAAUACAAUGUGCAAACAUUUAAGAGUACAUUGAAAAUGAAGGGCAUUCUGCUUCUUUUUUUUGUUUAGUGGCAAAGUAAAUUUGUGUCUUGAGUUUGCUCUUGGCAUGCUUAUUUAGUUCCUAUUUAAAUGUUCACUUCUACUUUUGAGAAUUUCCUAACAUGGUUGUUUUGUAAUAAAAACUUUAUUAAACAGCA